AUGGGAGGUUGUGACCUCAUUACAGAGUCUCCUUCUAGGCCUCUUCCCCUGUCCCCUCUCUGUCUUGGUAUGGGAGGAUUUCCUGUUCAUUUGCAUCAAGUUCUUUUCAUCAUCAUAAGCACGUGUCACCGUCAGCAGCAGGUCCUCACCAAAAGGUCCUGCUCCGGGGUACAUCUUAUCGAGAUACUUAAGCUGGACAUCGACUGGACCAUCCUGAAACACCCUCACUUCUUCCAUCCUCAUCCUUCCUCCUGCAUGCUCACAACUAGUAUGCUGCCUCUUAGGAUGUUGGGCCUCCUCAUGCUCAUGUUUUCACUGUGUGAGAAUCCAGAGGCAGUCACCCUGUUUCAAUCAACAUAUGGAGCUGCGUUGGAAUCGACAUAUUACGAGAUGCAGUGUGAUGUCGAUGAUGUUGCUCCUAUUCAUAACCUGACUCUGAGGUGGUACAAAAACAAUGAGACCAUCAAGACAGACUAUUUCACCAACAUAACCAAAAGACCAGUAAGCGAGUCCUCCAAUCUGACAGUAUCUUUAAACAGAGGAGAAAAGGAAGCUCAGUUUAGAUGUGAGGCUCAGCUGGACUUUGGGGGACAUGCAUCACAACCACCUGUUACUUCAAACGUAUACACUCUUUCUGCGCACUAUGCUCCUGUGCUCAAGAACAAAACGGAAGACGUCUAUCUGAGUGAGGGUGAAUAUGCCAUCCUGAACUGUGGAGCUGAGGGGGACCCUGCUCCUGGCUUCCGUUGGUCACGUGAUGGGGUGAAUUUAAUGGAUCGCACCAAUGAGCUCAACAUAAGUACAGCAACUAGCGCAAUUUACAACUGUACAGCUACCAAUUAUCGGGGAAGCACAACUAAGCAAAUCCGUGUCCAUGUGGAAAACCCCACCCCUGUGCCAUCAACACCAGAAAGUUGCCCCAUAGUACUGAUACCUGCUGAAAUCGUGGUGAGAUUUGGAGAUCCAACCUCAGCUACCUGCAAUGCAUCAACCAAGGAUCUUACAUUAAUGGGCUGGGAAGCCACAAAGGGGAGCAAGGCGACUAAUGAAAGAGUAAUCACCUGGACAGUUGAAAAAGUGGACAGCUGGGACGAACAACCUUUGUGCUACAUUAAUGUGAAAGAAAUGCAGUGCAAAAAGUCGCUAAACAUCAUUCUAUAUAAGACUCCAGAUAAUGUGUUAGUCUCUGCGAUGGAUCCAGGCCCGAUGGUGGAGGGCAGAGAGUACCGGCUAAAUUGUUUCAUCACCAAUGUGGCUCCUCUGGAGAAGCUCAAACUGAUUUGGUACCGCGGCGAUGAAACUAUGCUCUCACGAGUGUUUAGCAGCACCACGAACACCCCAACAAAUGUGUCCUUUGACUUGGAAGUCACUCCCAACAGAGCUGACAACAGAGCACAUUUCAGAUGCGCGGCUGAGCUACACCUUGGACCAAAUGGACCAGCGCUUGUCCCAACUGUAACUUCAUCACCUUACGAGGCCGUUGUGCACUAUGCCCCUGUGUUCAACGGAAGUAACAGUGAGGAGGAGGUGAACGUGAUCUCGGGUGACAACGUGACCUUAGACUGCAGUGCUGAUGGCAACCCUCAUCCUGAGAUCACCUGGAAGUCCAGCGCUGCGUUGAAUGUGAUGGUGACCACCAGGGGGCGCCAGAAGAGUAUCAUUGUCACAGAAGCCACGUCGACCAAUGCUGGUUCUUACGUCUGUGUUGCCAGGAAUGAAGUUGGGAUUGUGGUUAAAACUGUCAAACUGGUGGUGAAAGGUAUCAAUAUUGACCUUGUGCAGAACACUUAAGAAAUGUAUACAGUGAAGUGGUAACUGAUGUAGGCAUACACAAGUAAACACAGUAAAUUAUGGCAUAAAGAAGUGACUUUAAAUUCAUGUUUUUAAAAAAAAAAUCUUGUUUGUCUUACAAAUUGGCCCCAACACAAAGCAAUGGGUGGAACAGUAAUUUGGUGGUUUCUGAUUCUGUUGAUCAUCGUCCUCAUCCUCAUCCUCGGCUUCUAUGUCCACCGCUGGAAAAGACGAGGAAGAUAUACUUUUGUCCCAAAUGAAGCCAAUCAGGAUCCAGGUAUCCCUAUGACUCCCCAGACUAACGGGGUCUAAGUUUAGGAUACUCAGCAUGCUACUUUCUGAAUCAAUCAGCCUGGAGAAUGAAAACUUAACCAGGUCCUUUGUCCUGCAUGACAAUAAUCACAUGUAAAUAUUGAAUUUACAUUUUAUGUUUGGUAUGGUACGAUUUUAGAAUGACAUCAGCAAAGACUGAUGUAAAAAUAACUAAUUAGGAGCAGUGGGUUUGCCAAGAUGUGCUACUGACAAAGAAGGUGCAUUUAAACAUCUAACCUAGCUUUUUUUCAAAUUCUUAAUACAGUUACACGGUAGCCUGUGUUAAUGUGUUGUAUGUGUAUGUGGAAACUGUGUAUAAGCUACUUUGUGAUCAUCUUUGCAUUGUAGUUCUCUUGAAAUGUUGGUCACAUUAAAGUAACAUCUUUGUACAGCUACAUACUAAACUCUCA